GGGAAGGGGCGGGCGCGGGAGCAGCCCGGGGCCAGAGAGGGAGCCCGAAGCCAGGCGGUCUCCAGCCAUGUCCGACGAGGCGUCGGCCACCACUUCGUACGAGAAGUUUCUAACCCCCGAGGAACCCUUCCCUCUUCUGGGACCCCCUCGCGGGGUGGGCACCUGCCCGAGCGAGGAGCCAGGUUGCCUGGACAUCAGCGACUUUGGCUGCCAGCUGUCCUCUUGUCAUCGCACCGAUCCGCUCCACCGCUUUCACACCAACAGGUGGAACUUAACUUCUUGUGGAACAAGUGUUGCCAGCUCGGAAUGCAGUGAGGAGCUGUUUUCAUCAGUUUCUGUUGGAGAUCAAGAUGACUGCUAUUCCCUGUUAGAUGAUCAAGACUUCACUUCUUUUGAUUUAUUCCCUGAGGGGAGUGUCUGCAGUGAUGUCUCUUCUUCUAUUAGCACAUACUGGGAUUGGUCAGAUAGCGAGUUUGAAUGGCAGUUACCAGGCAGUGAUAUUGCUAGUGGGAGUGAUGUACUUUCUGAUGUCAUACCCAGUAUUCCGAGUUCACCUUGCCUGCUUCCUAAAAAGAAAAACAAGCACCAGAAUUUAGAUGAACUUCCUUGGAGUGCAAUGACAAAUGAUGAGCAGGUGGAAUAUAUUGAGUAUCUGAGUCGUAAAGUCAGUACGGAGAUGGGUCUUCGGGAGCAACUUGAUAUUAUUAAAAUAAUUGAUCCUUCUGCUCAAAUCUCCCCUACAGACAGUGAGUUUAUUAUUGAGCUUAACUGUCUCACAGAUGAAAAACUGAAGCAGGUCAGAAACUAUAUCAAGGAGCAUAGCCCUCGCCAGCGGCCUGCAAGAGAGGCCUGGAAGAGAAGCAACUUUAGUUGUGCGAGCACCAGUGGAGUGAGCGGUGCCAGUGCCAGCGCCAGCAGCAGCAGUGCCAGCAUGGUCAGUUCUGCAAGCAGCAGUGGGUCCAGUGUUGGAAACUCUGCUUCAAACUCCAGUGCCAACAUGAGUCGAGCACACAGUGACAGCAACUUGUCUGCAAGUGCAGCAGAGCGGAUUCGGGAUUCAAAAAAGCGAUCCAAGCAGCGGAAAUUACAGCAGAAGGCCUUACGCAAGAGGCAGCUGAAAGAGCAGAGGCAGGCUCGGAAGGAGAGGCUCAGUGGGCUCUUCCUCAAUGAAGAAGUGCUGUCCUUGAAAGUGACUGAGGAAGACCACGAAGCAGAUGUAGAUGUUUUGAUGUAAUAAGGGUGAAUCUGUCAGCAUUCUUUCUAAGCAUUAAAAUAUUUUAUCUUUUAUUUGUUUACAUGCAUCUUUACCAAACUUUUGGUUAGGGCUGUGCUGAUAUACCAUUAAUAAUUUAGGCCAGUGGUUCUCAGGAGGUGGUCCCUGGACCAGCAGCUUCACCAUCACCUGAGAAGUUAAAAAGGCAUCCUACCAGGUCCCAUCCCAGAUGCAGUGAAUCAGAAACCCUGGGGGAGGGGCCCAGCAUUGUGUUUUAACAAGCACCAGGUUUUUCUGCUGCACGCUCUACUUUUAAGAACCACUAAUUUAGUAAAUGUUUUACUACUUAGACUUUAGGGUGGCUAAGUGGGCUUUUUCAAGAACUAGUACUUUUACAGUUUAGCAGAUUUCAAGGUACUGCUGACGAGUAGCUUCUUAUGUCAGUAUAGGUACAUAUGUCAAGAUCAUAAUUUAGUUUUUCUUCUGAAUGUUACAGUUUCUUAGUUUGCUUUUUCUAAAGGGCCAUAGUAUAAUUCUCAAUUCCUAGUGCAAAUCUUUUUUUGAGGUUGUGGGCGUGGGGUGUGGAUUGCUGUUUACAAUAGUGCCUUCAUUAAGUUUAGUUUUGUUUUCAUUUAUUAUUAACUCAAAGGUGUAAAAAUAGGCCCUAAUGUCUUUCCUGUUAGGUUUGUUUCUGGUUUUCACUUUAUGUAAAUUCAGAAUCCUUUCUGUAAGUGAUGACUACUGAGGAAAUAACGUUAGUAGUAUCUUAACUUUAGACUUGAUGCUAUAUUAAUAUUCAAAUGGAGAAAACUAAGCAAAACAGCCAAUUCUGCUUUUCCACUGCUUUCUGAAAUUUUAGGCUGUGAAACUGUCUCUCUUAAGUUCUUUUUGUAAGUCACUUUUUUUUCCAGCACAGCUCUAAUUUUUAAAUAUUUGGUAUAACAGCUUCUGGCAUGUGAACAGGCUAAUGUUCAAAGUUAACUAAAGAAAACCCUUACAGUUCUCCUAAACUUCUGUAUAAAUCACAAGAAAUACACAGAGCAGUGAGAUAUAGAAGAAAAGCCUUAGCUUGUUGGCUAUUAAUAGAAGUCUUGUUUUAGAUGUGAAAUCAUGAAGUUUCUUUAUUUUCAUGGAGAGUUUGUUAUCAUGAACAUUAGAAGUAGUGUGAUUUCUUUUCUUUUACCACAUGUCUUUAAACAUUCACAUGGGUUAAAGAAGAUGGAAACUGAUACUACUGACAAUCAAGCUGCUUUCUGACUUUCGUAAUUUUCUUUUUAUUGUGGAUAACUUUUGGGAGGUAAUCAUGAUUCUGUAGGAGGAGCUGUAAUCAAUAUUUUUUAAAACUCUAGAGUCAGGUUAUGUGAUAGGAUCUUUACUUUUUUAAACUAUCAUAUCAAGUGACUUAUUAAGAAAAAGAUUAAUGACUUAAAUUUUUAAUUCUCAGUUGAUAUAAAGGCUUUUAACCUUUGCUUACAAUCAUGUGUUUUAAAAUUUUGAUUUGCUUUAGUUCCUUAAAGGUUAAAGAAUGGAAACUGAGGGUAAAAAUUGAUGUAUUGCAGCUUUGCUUAGGUCUGUGGUAUGGUUUUAAGAUUUUGAAGACUACUAAAUUCAUACUUUAAAAUUUUGCUAAAACAUAAAAGUAUGUGUGUGUGGUCUUCAGUUGAAGUGCUCCCUCUGACUUUCCUCUUACUCUUUCUUUGAUGCUCCUAACUGGCUUAGAGGGCCCAAAGAGAGCUUGUGGAUAGACCUCAGAAUACUCUGAGGAAGGUGGAAAGGGUCAACUUCAUUGUAUCUUCCCUUCCAAGUCUAGGAAGAGUAAAUGGAGAGAAGAGCAAAUGCAGCUGAAUUCUCUCCCUGCUCUUAGCAAAAGCAAAAAUCCAGAGAAUGACUUGUCUGUUCUUUUCCCAGGAAAACAGGCCACUUCUGGAGACCAUAGAGUAACAUUUAUUUGUUAAGUACUUGGAAACAAUUGACAAUGACCAGUAAACGAAAAUCCUAACAGGGUCAUGAUACAGUAAGACCAAUUUUUUCACUCUCCCAACAGUCACAUAGUCUUCUUACCUUAGAUUUAACUUAAGUCACUAUUAAACAAGUUUACCAAAACACCACAAAGCCAAUUUUAAAAGUUUAUAAAGAUUUGAGUGUUUAUAGUAAAGUAUACAAUGAGAUUUUGUAUAAAUCUAGAUGUCAUGUCUUUACUGUAAACUAGAGAUUUCCCAUAAAGUAGGUUUGAAGGAGACUGAUUAAAAGUAAAAAAUUAAAACAAGUUGGCUUGUUUGUGAUAUGGAAGAGGGAGAUUAUAAAGUCUCUCUCCAUCUCCUCCCCC